CUGUGUGGUGGGGAUGGUGGCACUGGCCAGAGUCCCGCUGGGCUGGGUUCCCUCCUGUCCUGUGGCCUGGGCUGCUUGGGUAUGCAGAGGCUCUGCAGCCCCCUGGGCAGCUGGACUCGCUUUCACCGUUCCAUCUGUUCAGUUCCGAAGGGGCUGCUUGUGUCUUGCUUCUGGGCUGGGAAUCUCGUGGCCAGAGAGCACUGGCGCCGAGUGGCCAUGGGCUGUGGUGUACACCAUGUCUCAUACGUGGGUGCCGUGUGGCGACCUAGCCUUGCCCCUGACCCCUGGCCCGCCCUUGCGGUACCAGAGGCGGGCGGGGGCACCAUGUCCUGCUUCCCCUUGUGCACCGGUGUGGAGUGGGAGGGACAGCCGGGCAGGGCAGGAACACAGGUGGGCAGGGCGUGAGGCUGGAGUGGGCCUGAAGGGCAGCCUGGCUCCUGGCACUCCCUGACCUGCGCCCUCCGGGAGGGACUCGUUUCCCCGGUGCUCUCAGAUGCCUUUCUGUGGCCCCCAUGUGGUUCCUCCGCCGGAGCAGGACCUGCACAGCCAGAGCCCAGAAGGAGGGAGACGCCCCCCUCCCCACUGGCCUGCUGGCCCCGCGGAGCCCGGGAAGUCCCAGCAUAGGGCCUGCUGGGGCAGGACCCCCAGCAGGAGGGGCUGAGCCCUGGUGCCCCGCCCACCUGGCUCCGCCCUGGGCAGGGGCCUAGUGGGCCACCAAGGCAGGCCCCUGCUGCCCUGGCCCACCUCCCUCACGGCCCAGCCCGCAGCCUGCAGAGCUCAGGGCUGUGGCAGGGGAAGGGGCCCCGCCGCCUGGGGUUGGCUGUGGCCUCUGGUCAGGUGAAGUGAAGAAGUGAUUGGACAGGGGUGGGGAGAGGGCAGGGCUGGGAGCCUACCCCAGCUCCCUCCUCCCCCCAGCUUCGAGCAGGGACUUCAAAAGCUGCAGCCGCUGCGGCGCUGCAGCCUAGGGAAGCCCCGGGCGGGCGGGCGGGCGGGUGUCAGCCUGGAGUGGCCGCCGCGCUCUGGCAGAGGAUCCCAGGACCAUGUCCGAGGCCCGGUGUCUGCAGUGAGGGACAGCAGGACCCUGGGAGGCCCAUGGUGAGCAGCGUUCCCCCUUCCCAGAGCGAGUCCCUCCAGGGGGCCCCGGCCCCUUCACUGCUGGUGCUGGGCCGCCGCCGGCGGGCAGCCGGCCUGGGCUGUGCGGAUGGGUUGGGCGCCUGCGUCCCCAGCCGCUCCCUGGGCUCGCAUGGCUGCCUUGCUGGGGGAUCCCCCAAGCCUCUCCCUUCCAGCGGGGUGUGGCCUGGGGCUCGGCCUCGCCGCGCUGGUCCCAGGCCCAGCAGUGCUCCACCCCAGAUCCCGGCUCCCGGCCGGACCCCUGGGCCCGGGGUGGGCGCCUCACCGCAACCCUUGCAGGUGCCCUUCAGGCGGGUGCUCUGGGCCCUCCUGCCGCCGCUGCUGCUGGGGCUGGGCCUAGCGCGGGACAGGGCCGGGCUCCGGGCCUGCAGCGUCCCGGACGUGCUGCGCCACUACCGCGGGCUCAUCUUCGAGGACCUGCAGGCGGCCGUGAGGCGCUUCGGGGCCGGGGCCGGGACGGCGCGUGCCCACCGGAAGGGCCCGGCCGGACAGAGCGCCGGCGCCUCCUGCGGCGCUCAGCAGGAGCACGACAUCCUGCUGUCCAUCUCGGCCCUGGGGCGCACGCUGCGAGGGGCCGCGCGCCCGGGCCGCCGCGGCGCGCUGGAGCGGGCAGCGUGGACGGCGGCGGCGCGCACGGAGGCGGCGAUGCGGCGGCACUGCGCGGCGCUGGACGGCGGCGGCGCGCGGGCCCCCCGCGCCCGCCCGGACGCCCCGCGCGGCGGCCGGCGGCGGCGGCUGCUGCGGGCCCUGGACGCGGUGGCCAUGUGCUGGGAGAAGCUCUUCGCGCUGCACGCCGAGGCCGAGGCCGCGGCCGCCGCCAGGACGCAGCCGGGGCCGGGCCCGCACGUGGCCGCCGCCGGGGAGCGGGGACGGGGCGGGACGGAGGGCGGGCAGCCCGGGGCCGCGCUUUGUGAACUCGGGGCGAAACCACCGGAUAAAGGAGAUGGCCCUGGAGGGAAGGCCGGCCGGCCCUGA